UACACGCUGUUAGCCUCCAGCAAGCAGCUCCUGUCAUCUCAGCGUAGGAUGGCGUUUGAAUGCGAUUGCUGCUUCACGGGAGCCUGCGCACUGCUCCGCUAGUGCACAGAGAGAAGACCAUUUUUAACAUUGAAACCAAACUCCGUCUGCCUGCCUAUUUCUUUACCGUCUUGUUUUUGUGUGUGUUUGUUUUUCUUUUUUUUUUUUUGGGUCUGCAGUGAGUCGCCGACCACGAAAGCAAGCGAACAAUGCGCCUGCGGGCGCGUGUAAUAAGGGACUGGAACGAUCCCUGCUCGUGCUCGUUCCAGUUCUAGAAGAACUGAGAUCCGUCUGGAAAUACCGUAUGGAAACAGCAUGAGGGAGAUGGUGGGUGGCUGUUGCGUUUGUUCUGAUGAGAGAGGAUGGGCAGAGAACCCGUUAGUGUACUGUGACGGACACGGCUGCAACGUCGCUGUGCACCAAGCCUGCUAUGGGAUUGUCCAAGUCCCCACCGGACCUUGGUUCUGCAGGAAAUGUGAAUCCCAAGAGAGAGCUGCCAGGGUGAGAUGUGAGCUGUGCCCUCACAAAGAUGGCGCUCUGAAGAGGACAGAUAAUGGAGGAUGGGCCCAUGUGGUUUGUGCCCUUUACAUCCCCGAGGUCCAGUUUGCCAAUGUGCUGACCAUGGAGCCCAUAGUCCUCCAGUACGUCCCCCAUGAUCGCUAUAACAAGACAUGUUACAUCUGUGAGGACCACGGUCGAGAGAGCAGGGCUGCGUCGGGGGCCUGUAUGACAUGUAACCGCCAGGGCUGUCGACAAGCCUUCCACGUCACGUGCGCGCAGAUGGCUGGCUUGCUCUGCGAGGAGGAGGGCCUAGAUGCCGACAACGUCAAAUACUGUGGAUACUGCAAAUACCACUAUAGUAAAAUGAAGAAGCCCCGCCCAUCUGGGGGGGGCAGUGGCCCCAGCGGGGGUUCUUUCUGCCACACGAGGAGGAGCUGCUCCACCUCCCCAACCCACGAAAAGCACAGCUCCCACCAGGACAAGCCCAGAAAGAGCCACAAAGACAAGGCCCGGCAGAAAGAGAAGCACAAGAAACUCCCAGAGGGUCAGCCCGCCCUGGUACCCUCCAUCUCCAGCAGCACCGACAAGGUCGCCUCCAGCCACCAUGGGAGCCCCAAGGAGUGUGUGGAGGUCAGCAGGUCAGAGGUCAAGGGGAAGAAGACCCUGAGUCAUGCUAUUGGGCACCGCAGCAGGAAACUGGGCAGUGGGAGGAGCUCCACCAGUCCGUUCCAACAAGGCACCUCUGUACUGCAGGACUACUUGCCCUUCUCCUCCAAACUAGAACAUCACGGGGAAGAGGUAGAGGAGGAGGAAGAGGAGGAGGAGGAGGAGGACGACAGGGAGAAAGAAGAGAAAAAGUACCUGAAACCCCCAACCUUGCCCCCGCAGCCCGCUCUCCCUCCCCCUUCCCCUACUCCGCCCCCCGAGUCGCCCCAGGACUCCCCGCUCUACGAGUCCCACCCGAGCGGCAACAGCUUCGAACCCAAGGUCACCAUCUCCACCUUCGGCUCCAUCAUGCGCUUCACCACCUCAUCGGGCCCCACGCGGCCCCGCGACGCCCCCCAAGGGGAGUGUAAGAGGCAGCCCCCCGAGGAGGGCCCCCGGGAGCCCGCUGUGAAGGAGAAGAAGCACCGGGGCAAUAAAAGGAGCAAGCACGGCCCCGGCCGGCCCCGGGGCAGCAAGAACAAGGACAGCGGCUACCAUGGCCCCCCUCUCUCCACCACCUCGGCCCUGGGACCCCCUCCCCUCCCCAGGGCGGCUCUGUCCAGCAGCAGUUACCCCAGCUCCUCCCGCGCCUACAGCCUCAGCACUGACUCCCCACUGCUGGGGUCUGGUAUCUACACAAGUAACAAGGACCCCAUCUCCCUGGGUGGGGGGGGUUUGGGGGCGGUUUGCAGCACCCCCCUGUCCUCCAGCCUCCUGGGCAACCAGGGGGCUCCGUCGCUGCCCCAGCUCAGCCGCUCCUCCCUGCCGGGCACCAUCCCCACCCCCACCCCCGCCAUGGUCUCUGCCACACAGGUGUUCUCUUUACCCGGCUCCUCCUACAGCCUCACUUCCGCCCGCAUCUUUGGAAGUCCAUUAGCCUCUGGUCUGUCCAUCAACCCGCUCAUCAGCCAAAGCAGCCUGCCAGAGCCUGAUUUGGAGGACUGCCGCUUCCCUUGUAGAGACAGCUCCCCGCGGGACAGCUUCUCACCGUCUCCCAUGAGCAGCCUGCCCCUCCUGUUUGAUCAACGGGAAGAUGCGGGGUGUCGGGGGAAUGUACCCCCCGCCAGCUCCCAAAUCGAGCAGCUGCUCCACAAGCACAGCAGCGGCCAGACGGGGGUCAACAUUGUGGAGAUGCUCAAGUCCCUGCACUCCUUGCAGCAGGAGAACCAGCGGCUGCAAGACCAGAUUGUCAACCUGACUGCGAAGAAGGAGAGUCUGCAGGUCCUGAAUGUGCAGCUGGCUGUGCCCUUCCCUCCCGUGCCCUCCAGCCUGCGCCCCCUGCCCUCCUCCCAGCUGCACUUCCUGCACGGGCACAGUGCCUGCAGCCCGGACCCCUUCAACAUCAGUAAAAGCCCCCCCACCAAGACAAACUUCCUGAUGGAGAACUCCCUGUCUGGCUCCUCUGAGGAGAUGCAUUCCGGCUGCCCCAGUCGCAGUAGCUCCUCCCUCUCAUUCCAGAGCACCCCGCCCCCUCAGCAGAGCCCCGCCUCCCUGUCGCAGCCAUUGCUCAACGGCAUGGGGAGGGUGAUGAGUGGGGCUCUGGGGGGAGGGGCUCAGUCAGCUAACCCCGCCCUGUCCAUGGUGGGGGGGCUGAUGGGGAACCUGAGCGGCAGUCCGCAGAUGUCCAUGAACGGGAUUAUGGGAAAUCUGAACGGGGUCAUCCAGACGUCAGCCACCGUGCCACAGACCCACAGCCUGGCACAGCAGGGCAUGCAGCUAGCCAACAGCCUUAACAGUGUCCAGGGGGCCAGCCUUCUCACAGACCAGCAGAGACAGUUCCUCCUCCAGCAGCAGCAGCAGCAGCAGCAGCAGCAGCAGCAGCAGCUACACCAGCUCCUCGCCUCCCAGAACUUCACUCCGGAGCAGCAGGUAGUUGUGUUUCAGAUGCUGCAGCAGCAGCGCCAACGGGAGCUCCACAGACUGCACCUCCCCCUCAGCACUGCCGUGAUGACAUCAUCCCCAGCCCCGCCCCCCCUUCUGGCAGGGAACUCCCCGCUCGGCGGCAGGCUAGUGACAUCAUCACCCAACAGCCUGCUGACCCCGGCGACGGCCUCACCCCUGCACAGCGGCCAGGGAAACCCCUUCCUGGGCCUGCACCAAGAUGGGAGCCUGCAGAAAAGUGGGGAGAAGGGCUGACAUGGACGUCAAGAGGUCAUAGGCCAGGGGUGAAAGUUUACAGGCUGGAGCGCCACGUGAAGAUCAGUAGCCCUGAAAAAGGCUUUAAAAGAGACUAAACAAGUGUGUGUGUGUGUGUGUGUGUGUGUGUGUGACAUGAACAGUCUUUGGGAUGCUGUCACCAGUAUGUCCAGUUGUGCUGGGACUGCUCUCAAACCAGCGGGAUUAAAUACUGUAGGCUGUGGUGCAUCCCCAAAGAGGUUAAGAUGGGAGUUUGUGAUGACAUGAAGGUCUGAUGUUAGUAAUAUAGACAGAUAAUAAAAAGUAAGGACUUCAAAAUGCUCUGUAUGAAUUCACUAGGGCUGCCGCUUUGGGUUCAAUAUUAUUUUUCUGGAAUUAUCUGGAAUGCAGGGCCUCAUUCACAAAGCUUUUUGGAGUUUUUAUUUUUUUUAUUUUUUAUUAUUUAACAAAGUUGAGGACAGCCACGAAUGUAAACACAAAGUUAGAUAACCUGCAUCUAGAGUGUGCAUCUUCAAAAAUGAAAGUAUAACAUUUGUGCACUUAGUAGCUUGUGUUAAAGACAUUUUAACCACUAUUGGACAAACUACUGUAGAUACAAACACCUGUAUCAAAUUCCCCCACAGCUGAGGACAUUAAUAACGUUUCGCAAUCUUAAAACAUUCUUUGAAAUACCUCCUUAGCUUUGUGAAUAGGAUCCCAACUGUCUGGCCACAUUUUUACAUGUCAUCAAUUGCAAGGCAGCUAGGUUGCGAUCCAGCAUCUUCUCUAGAGCAUUCAAUGCUUGUGGGCCUUUAAUUCCUCUUGAAUUGGCAUUUGAUUUAGCGUGCCGCCAUUCAUUUAUGAAGUAUGUUGGAUUUGCAUUUCAGUUACUGAGGGCUGUUGCUCUUCUGUAUUUUGACCACCAAUGCUUCCUAGCACAAAUCGAGUCCAUUUUCUUUACUGCCUUUGCCACACACGCACAUACUCAACACAAUUGCAAAUAACCUGCAAUAUCAAAGGGAAGAGAAGGGUCAAUGUUGUAUUGAUGCAGAUCUGCCUGCCUUGAAACAGAUGGCAAAUACAGCAACCAAGUGUGAUACUAAUUAAACCUGACUGCAUUUGCUAACUAGAAUUACCAUCAUCCAUUCAUUCAUGAAUUCUCAGCUUGUUUGUGUUAACCCUUUACCUCCUGGAGGGUAACAGGAUCAUAUCGGAUCUGUCCAAUUUAUUUGUCAUGUUUGUGUUUUAUUUAUUUGAUUUUUUUUUUUUUUAUUGGAGCACUUAAGAAGUCGUGUGCGCACUGAUGCUGGAAAGUUGCUGCAUCAGUUUAAAUUGGUACAGUGUGUAGAUCAGUGGCUUUUUGAUUGGAUUGGUUCAGUAAAAAGUUAAAAGGCGCCUUUUCGUCUUGAAUUUCCAUUGUGACUCUUGAAGGUCAGUUUUAAUGGAUCUCCUCUCUCUCUUUGUUUUUUAUUUUUUUUCUCCUAGUGUCACCGUUUAGGAUAGGGAUUCACAAAUCUGGACAAAUCUUGCCCCCCCCCCCCCCCAUAUUCGGGAAUAUUGGUUCCCCUUCCGAAUAUUUGUACCACCUUAUUUUUUAGUAACAGUCAUCUUUCUUUGCAUAUCAGUCUCACCUACAAUAAUACAUGAGAACAGCCUGCAAACAUAGCUCCCAUUCACUCGCAUCAUUUACAAACAAAUAGGAAAAAUAACAAACACGCAAGUAUUGAAGAACAAAUGUUCACUGGUGGGAAUAAAUAUUGGUUCCCCUAGGGGUACAAAUAUUCACUGAAGAUUUGUUUCCGGGUGUACAAAUAUUCAGAUAUUCAAGAACAGAUUCUUCAGGCACUGCAGUAUGCUGGAGAUUGACAUCAGUACCAUAGUAUUUUUAGGAACUGUUUAUAUGUACAACAGCAGAAGGUUAAUAGAACUAAUGCAUCAGAGGUUAAUGAAAAGGGCUUGGAACCAGAAGGUCUCCGCUUCAAAUCCCGGCUCUGACUCACUGUGUGACCCUGAGCAAGUCACUUCACCUCCUUGUGCUCCGUCUUUCGGGUGAGAUGUUGUUGUAAGUGUCUCUGCAGCUGAUGCAUAGUUCACACACCCUAGUCUCUGUAAGUCGCCUUGGAUAAAGGCAUCUGCUAAAUAAACUAAUAAUAAUAAUAAUCACAGAGAUCUAUCAAGCUGACUUUGCAUAGUGGAGUGGUACUGUUUGAAGAAAUGAACAUCGCAUUGAAGGAAUGAAUUGACUUUGUUACGAUGCACUUGGGCACUUUGCCUGUUUUAAUGGAAGUGGUUUGUUAAUGCUGAUAAUGAUAUUUAAAUGGUCUUAUUUAUUUUGGUUUUUUUUUUUACAUUUUUGUAUGUUUUAUUGCUGUUAUUAAGCGAACAUAGCUAAUAAUAUAUGUCGUCCUACUGUUAAAACAACUUUGUAAUAACAAAUGCUUUUAAAUUGAGUUUCUUUAGGUACAACUAAGCUGUUGUGUAUAUUGUAUAGGAUGCUAACCUAUUAAAGAUUAUUUUAUAAAUAUCAGUUGCUCAGUAUACCAAGUUUAGACUAUGCAUAAUGUAACUUUGUUGUGUACUUUAGCAGCUUGGAGAAUUAAAGUCCACAAUCACUCCUGUUCAAAACAGCCUGUAGCUCUUGCUAUUAUAUGAUUUAUUGUUUAAAACAAAUUAUCUUCUCCAAAUUUGCUGAGAAAAAAAAAAAAAACAUCUGUAAAGUAUUUUAAUAUUUUUAUGAAAGAAAAAAAACUGUCCAGAUGAUACUUAGUAUCGUAACGUCUUUUAUUGUCAAUAAAUGUAUUUUGCAGAAUUUUUACAUUUA